AUGUCUUUGGCGGUACAACCGUACGUGUCUCCCGAAGUAAACUUUGACCAAAGAUGGAUUGAGCAAAUUAUUUUAGAUUUGGCUGAUGCAUUUCAUAUAAGAGUGCUAUGGGAUCAAGACACAGCUAUACUGACAGGAGCCUUGGCAAUAGCCGGGGGCUUGGUCGGUGGGUAUGCUGGAGGUAGGAUGGGUGCAGCUCUAGGUGCUGGGAUAGGUGGAGCAACUGGGUUUGGAGUAUCUACUAUGGUAUCUCUAAGGGAAAUUUGGACAAUUGUUAAAGAGAAAUUGAAAGAACUUUUCUACAUAGUCUUCAAUUAUCUCAGACGACUUGAUCCUAUUGAUUAUGUUCAUGCCUUUGAAGUCUUAAUGCUUUGCACAUCCAGUCGACGAGAACUUGUGCUUACAAUUUUAGACUUUAUUGCACAUAAAUUAGGAAGAGAAGUAUUUUCUUCUCUCAGUGCUGCA